CCUUUAUGUAUAAAGUAUUCUUUCCCCAGAAUUUAUCCAACUAAAAGAAAACGCUUUAUAAACAACUAUGGCAGAGGUGAAAGUUCAUGGUAUUUUUGCAGGGCCAUUUAAUAAAAGAGUAGAAUUAGCCUUGAAACUGAAGGGGGUUGAAUAUGAAUAUAUUGAAGAAGAUAGGUCGAAUAAGAGUGCUGAACUUGUAAAGUAUAAUCCUAUAUAUAAACAAGUUCCAGUGCUUGUGCAUAAUGGAAAGCCAAUAUGUGAGUCACUCAUAAUUCUUGAAUAUAUUGAUGAGACUUGGGAAAGUGCUGCUCCUCUCUUGCCUAAUGAUCCAUAUCAGAGAUCCAUCGCUCGUUUCUGUGCUAACUUAAUUGAUGAUAAGUUAAUGGGCGCAAUGUACAAAGUUUGUUAUGGCAAAGGAGAAGAAAAGGAGAAAGGCCUUGAUGAAGUUUCUGAGGUCCUAAAAUAUCUUGACAAUGAACUUCAAGACAAGAAAUUCUUUGGAGGAGACAACAUUGGAUUUCUCGACAUCGUUGCCAGUUACAUAGCUCUCUGGUUUGGAGCAAUUCAAGAAGCAAUAGGGAUGGAACUAUUGACCAAACAAAAGUUUACCAAGUUGAGCAAAUGGAUUGAUGAGUUCUUGUGCUGUGGAAUAGUCAUGGAACAUCUCCCUACUAGAGAAUCAUUAGUGCCUCUAUACAUAGCUCAAUUUGAAGCAGCAAAAGCAUCCAGCUGAAAGAAAGGUGUGAUAUAUAAGGAGUUCAAGAAAUACUCAUGCUAUAUUUUCCAUUUUUAAUACUAGUGAGUAUUAUAUUCCUUGUAAUUUGUCAUCAACAUUUUGCCAUUCCCGUAUCUCCAUUAUUGCCGGGGGUCCUAUCGGAAACAGUCUCUCUACUUCUUCGGAGAUAGUGGUAUGAACUGCGUACAUCUUACCCUCCUCAAACCUCACUUUGUGAGAAUAUACUAGGUCAGUUGUUGCUGUACA